AUGGAUGAAGCCACAGCAUCCGCUGAUGCUUCCUUGGAGGAUCAUCACAUCGUGAAAGCAGAUGAAGUGGACCAGACAGGAACAGACAUUGUCCAGAUUCCGGAUGAUCAGAUGAUGGAAGAAGUUGCAGAGGGUAUUCGACAGGAGCAGGCAGCUCAAACUUCGGCUACUACAGCAAGUAAGCCAUCAGUUCAGAUGCGGGCAGCAAAUGUGCCUAUGUCUAGACGUCCUGAACUGCAGCGGAAUACUUCAGCUCCUCCGCCUCCACGUCAACCCCCGCCACCAGCUCCGGUUCAGCACAAUCCCGACGCGCCUACGGAUUCGCUGAGCCUGGCUCAAUUAAAACAACUGGUCCAGGAGAUGCCGAGGGCCGAACAGCCUGCCUAUGCAUUUGAAUAUGCUGACUGUCAGCCGUUUCCGGAAGAGCUUGAGGAGUGGUUCCAGUAUAGCGAAUUCGAUAGAGCCAUGAUUCUUGCCAUGAAGAGCUCAUUUGAGCGGACGUGGAGCUUGUUCUGUGAAGUGCAACCUUCUCUCUCUUCCAGUACGUCUUGGCUUGAUGCUCCUGAGGCAAUGCAGAAGUUGUUCUUGACCGAGGUACUUGAUAAUUUGCAGGAUAGCGAACUUUUGGUCCGUCUUGAAGCUUUGGAAUCUGUGUGCUACGUUGUUACCGGAGUGUGGGGAAUUACUGCUGGAAAGAGCACGCCGGACUAUCCUCAUGAUUCCCCAAUCGCUGCCGAAAAUGCCAAAUCCAAAUCUUUGCAGAUUCAAUGGAUAGUGACUAACGCAAGACUCAUUCACGAAUGUUCCGGGCUGCCGUCGCUCUAUGGGUGCUUGCUGCGGGCUUUCGAGAAAUCCCGCGUGUCAGCCCCCUCUGAGUCAAACGCAGCGUCAGAAAGCGCUAACCCAAUGCUCCUUGCUGCAGCAGAUCGGGAGGCAAAUCUGGUUCUGACUGCCUUUUACUUGAUGGUUGAAACGGCGCGCAUGCAAGAAACACGAGACCCUAAGCACACGCCGCUUAGAGAUGCGAUUACAGCGCUGGAGCCAGACUUGAUGGUAUUUUUAAUCGAGAUUAUCGCACGUUUGCGAUGGGAUGACGCUUCCAAUAUUCCCCUCACGAGAAUUAUUCUUUUAUUUUGGAAGUGUAUACUUCUCUUCUUUGGCGGUAGUGACAUGCUGAAGCAAGCCAAAGAAACAUUGGAACCAGCUUUCGACUGUGGGAAGAAUGACCCAACAAGAAGAACACCCUUCCUUACUGCAUCUCCGCUCGAUUACCACAAUUUCCGGCAAGAGAUCACUUCUAAAUAUCCCGCCUACAACCCGCCUCCGCCUGUGAUCCCGUUAGAGCUAGAAAAUAACUCAAUACUUCCUCCUCUGCCUCAACACCCCAGCAGAUCAUACUCUUCUAAUGGCCUGUUCUCCGGAGUUGGACCUUCUGUAGCUGGUGGUAACGGUUCCAUCCUGCACCAGUCGGUUCAUAUUGCAACGCCAGCUCCAUCUCCUCCGCCAUCUCCUAUCGGUCCUGGUGGCAAGGCAGGAAAAAAGCAAAACUACCAGACCAACCAGAAUUUCCCUUUCAUGUAUCCUCCCUUGGAUAAUUCUAGCAAUAACCUUGGAGGCAAGGGCUCGACGGAAAUGCAAGACGUGCUCGUGGGGAAGAAGUGGGAUGGUAGCGAUGUUCCUGCGUCUGUUAUCGAGGCUGGUCAGCUUUUCUCAACUCACGUGAAGAUGACAAGGGCAAUGAGGCAACUCUGGGAAGAGCGUGAGCGGUUCAUGAAGUACGACCGUGGGUGGCAUGCAGAAAGAGCUUAUGCAAGUGGUGAUGUAGAUGCCGAAGAUGAGAUUGUAGACGACCUGGAGGAGUUCUCUCUCGACGAGAAGAAAGUGCCGAAGAGCAAUCCCCCAAUGGAGAAGGAAACGGAUAACGAAGAGGUUCAGAAACGCUUAGAUGCCGUUGAAACUUUCUAUAAUGGUGGUUCUGGAAGCGAAAGCUUCAGUGCAGUGCAUGCGGGUGCUUCCAGCUUCAACAACGACACGGAGGAUCUGACAUGUGAUGCUACAAUUGAUGAGCUUGACAAUAUCCGAGUACGCGAGAUUACGAGCAAAGCGAUCUCUGGUUCUCUUCUUCUCUUGCUUAAGUGGUUCAAGAGGUCACAUAUUUUGAAGUUCGAGUAUAUGACGCAGCUCUUACUUGACUCAAAUUAUUUGCCAUUAAUCCUAAAAAUGUUCGCGCACCAGGAAAUCGACCAAGCCGUAGCACAACGGACGGAUCGUGACGAAUUAGGUUUCUUUCGUUUCUGUCACUUGCAUUCGGAACAGCCGCCGGACAUUACCGGCUUCCAACAAGAUAGUGAUGAUGAGGCAGUUCCCCCUCCAAUUGCCCGACACAGAACAGAGACAGGUCGAGCGGACAGCGUAGACGAAACCGGAUUAGGUUUCAUUGGAGGACCUCAUCGUCCAGAAGUCGAUGAGCUCGGAUAUCCUACAGCGCCGCCACCCAGUGAGCCUAUCACUACCUUCUCUUUCCGAAAUUUCUUCUCGGCCAUCAACUACCUCCACAUAAUGCAGAAAAUCACUCGCGACAAAGCCCACCGUUGCCUGCUUCUUGUCCAGUACAAAUCCAGUACUAUCCUCCGCAAAGGACUCAAGAUUCCCGACCCCGAUCUCCGCUUCUACACCCUGAAGCUCUUCAAGUCGCAAGUCCCCUAUUGUGGCCGCAAAUGGAGACAGGGAAAUAUGCGUGUAAUCACAGCGAUAUAUCUUUACUGCCGCCCUGAGCUGCGGGAUGACUGGCUGGCUGGAUCUGAUAUUGAUGCGGAGGUUGAAGAGGCGCUACCUCUCGAACAAGCCCUCCGUGGUCUAACACAUUGGUGGCAUCUACGGCGCUACAAGCAUGUCAUGGGCGGUGAGGAAGGUGCGACUAUCAUGGACGAAGAGCGGGAUUUCUUCGUCCGUGAGCUUGAGGCCAUGGGGUGGGGCUAUGCUGGAGACGAGCUGUUGAAUGGGGUGGCUGAUGAAGCCGAGCUGGCUGCAGGACCGCUGGCGAAUGGGACGGAAUGGGAUGGCAUGCUACAGGUGGAGGGGGCAUAGUAGAUCUGAAAUAUCUCGCAUAUGAUGGGACAAU